AUGUGGCGCCUCGGAGAGCUCGCGCUCCUCCUGGGAACAGCGACAGCCGCUCAGACGGCCGCGCCGCCGGGGCUCCAGGUCGGCGAGGCACGGAGGCUCUCCCAGCGCCUGGGCCAAGUGAAGUGUCCUGGCGUGGCUCCGGAGGGUCCCUGCUGCCAGCUGCGGGCACGGUCGGGAGCGCAGACGCCGCGCCCAGGCCUGGAGAAGGCCAGCCGCAAGGGGAUUUGGUCUGAGUUCGGAGCUCAAGGUUUCAGAAGAAAGAGAUAUCAGACAAGCAGUAGCAGCAGCAGCAGCAGCAGCAGCAACCAGCGGAGAGGAUCACGAACUGGCGCAGUAGGAAGGCACAGCUAUGAGCUCGAGAAGCCAUGCAUGGGAGAUGGAGAUGCUCGAGAUACGAUAGGGAGAGCGAGAGAGAAAGGGAGAGAUGGGGACGGCUGUUGCGAAGACGGAGCCGAGACAGAGUCACGAGAGAAGCAAGUCGUGUCGGAUGAACUCUGGAGCGUGGAGUAUGUGAGAACGAAGGCACUAAGGUCUGAGGCCUCCACGAAGUCUCAGAACUUUCUGACCUGGGUAGACGCCACGGGAGAUCUGCUCCGUUUGAAGCUGCGCCUCGUCGCCUGCGCGCACGCGCGCGUCGCCGGCUCGGAGCCCGGCGCCUGCGGCCCGCGCUGCCUGGCGCUGCUCUCCUCGGAUCUCGAGGAGAUCCUGCGAAGCAUCCCCACGGGGGAGGCAACCAUUGGCCGCCUGACCUUUCAGGAGGAGGUUGCUGCAGCAACCUUGUGCUUUCGGCUACUCCUCUUCCGCCACAGCAUGCAGAAAUCUGCAGACACCUUCGGCAAGAAUCUUCCGAUGAAGUUCUUGCAAGAGUUCGCAUUCCUCUGGGAGAUGAGCCAUUUCCUGAAUUGGCAGCAUCUGCUGGAAUCUGGUUGGCCAGUGUUUGGUCUCUUUCGCCUCGUUGUGCAGCACUGGCCUAGAUCUGGCGCGGCUGAAGACGAAACGGUGCGCCGCACGCAUCGCGGCAAUGCGACGGCAUCGGUUUGUGAUGGGCCUUCGUCGAAGCUCCGUUCGUCGUUGGAGGCGAUGGGCUCCGACAUCGAUGGUGAGGGACUGCGAGUUCCGGGGGUGGGCGAGCCAAAGGAGUGCGGCUGGCAGGAAUCCCUCGGAAAGCUUCUCAUGACGGCCUGGCUGAUCUACAAUGCGAACUCUUACCGGUACCACAUGUACAAUGGCAAGUCCUUCGCACCUCUGGAAGACAUGCCCUUCUACGAGAUGGUGCUACACCGGUCCUGGGAGCAAAGUCUGCUGGGACUCACCGGCGAUGCCUCGCAAGGGCAAAGAGGAACUGUGGAGACCACGGCGCAGCUGUUGCAAAGCCGAUGGGAUCCAUGGGAUCUUCUGAGCUCGCUGGAAGUUCUCCACCUCCAUCGCUCCUGGAGGCUUUUCAAGGAAAUCUUGCCCUGGCAGCCCGUCAUUGUCGAGGCUGGUGCCAAUGACGGCAUUCACGAAGCGAUUUGGCUUCAGGAGUGGCCAACAGCGCAGAUCAUGGCGUUUGAGCCGGAUCCGACAUGCUUUGCUCACCUGACGAGGAACCUCAGAGACGUCAUGGGUCGGGCAAACCCAAACUCGAAGCUGCUGAACAUGGCAUUAUCCGGGAAGAUCGGACAGAUGGAUUUCUACCUGCGUGACGGAAACUUUUCGACGAGCGCAGUGAACACGCUCCACGAGCCGACGGACUGGUUCAACGAGCACUUUCCGCAGAUAAGCUGGCAGCGGGAGACGGUGAAAGUCCAGACGAUGCCGUUGGAUUCCCUGGCUUUCUAUGAUGUGCAUGCUGUGGACUUCCUCGAGCUGGAUGUGCAGUGCCAUGAGUACAACGUGCUGCAGGCCUCCGUCAAGAUCCUGCCGACCAUCACGAUCAUGCAGAUCGAGGCAUGCCUGCCCCCUGGCAUGUGCAAGGAUACGGCACUCUACGAGGACAUCCGAAUUCUGCUCGUGCAACGGGGCUUCUCGUUGCUGGCGACGGAUGCGAAGCCAGACUCCUUGCUGCAUCCUCAGGAUCGCUGCUUCGACGCUCUCUUUGUGAACCUGGCCAAGGAACCCACAGGGGCCUUGGCUGCCCUUGACGUCGCAAGAGGUCUGGAUGCCAGGUGA